AAUCACCUCACUUUCACCCAUUUCAAUCUCACCACAUCUCAAGAUUCUUUUCCCCAUUCCAAUCUCAUCGAAUCUGAAGAUUCUUUCCCUCAUUUCAAUCUCAUCCUUCUACAGAGAGAAAUGGCUUCCGUCGAUUCCGGCGGCAGGUCGAAAUUCUCGCAGACCUGCAGCCUUUUGAGGCAGUAUUUGAAGGAGAAGAAUGGCAGCCUUGGCGAGCUCACGCUUGGCUUAACCCCUGCCCCUACCCAUACCCCCGAAAUAAAAGAGACAAUGAAUUUUCUAUCGGUGAUUGAGAAUAAACCGACGGAGGUGGAGACUGCGGCGAUGACGAUAUUCUACGGCGGCAAGGUCAUGGUCUAUAAUGACUUUCCGGCGGAGAAAGCUCAGGAGAUCUUAGCCCUAGCUAGCACCGCCUCAGCUCAGCAGUCUCUUGAUUCUGAUUUACCGAUUGCUAGAAAAAACUCUUUGGCCAGCUUCUUGGAGAAGAGGCGAGACAGGAUCACCGCAAAGGCGCCUUACCCGCCAAGAAAGGCAACUCCGAAGCCGGAGGCGGCCUGGCUUGGAUUGGCGCCGCGCAACUAGAGCACACUACAAUUUUAAUGUUUUUGAUGUAGCUAGCAUACAUAUUCAGGAAUUUUGGUUCAUAUUUUUUUCAAUUUGUUUUGUGUUUUAUUUACAUGCUCAUCAUUUUUAUACUAUAUCUUUAUUUUAUUUAUUGCACUUUGGAGUUAUUUAGAACUGUAUUACUAGUUAACUUUCUUAAUAUCAUUAUAAUAGAAUUAUCCAACCCACUACAUUUCUUA